CUAUGACAAGAGGCCCGCGAGCCUGUCAGCAAAAAUAACGCGUGUCGAAAUCCAAAAAAAUCGAGCUCCGGCACUCUCCUUCGGUGUGGAACUUAUUGAUUUUUCCCUUUUUGCGCUUUGCACUAUAGUCGUUGCAGUGAUUCUUGUUCGCUAUUGUGAAUAAGACCCUCUUCCUAGCACCGUAACAAGAGACUAUUAAUAAAAGCGCAAAAUGGCUGCUGCAGCAAUGGCACAUGAGAAAGUAUGGCAGGACAAAUCGACGAUGAGCGCAGCUGAGAAAACGUACUACGAGUACAUGGCCAAGCUUUCCGUUGCGGGGAAGAUGGAGUCGCAGGAUGGAGUGCUGCCAGCCGGGCCGAAAAUAGAUCCACCAAAAAAAGGAAACGCUGUUGCUACUCAACAACAACCAGCAGCAGCAGCUUCGCGACAGCAGCAACAAGGGCAGACAAAAAAGGUGGACGACGCAUCAGUAGAAGCUUCUUCACCACCGUCACCGCCGGCUGCCGAUGCACCGAAGGCUAAGAAGGACAAAAAGAAGAGAAACAAGGGCAAGAAAGAUAGUACACCGACUGAUACUGAGUCUUCCGAAAAGUCGAUUAACAAUAGUACCGUAGCAACGGCAGCUGAUACAUCAACCGAUUCUAAAGCACAGCAAUCCCCUGUCCUUGAGCAAACCGAGGCACCUAAGGAAUCGGGAAAGAAAAAAUCUAAAAAGUCCAAGAAAUCCAAGGGACAGGAAGAUACAUCGACGGAAAACGAUAACAAGUAUCAAGAGCAGCAGAAUGCCAAAAAUCUGAAGGAGAAGGAGAACUUGGCCCACAAGCUGUGCGACAACAUAACGGAGGAACUGAACAAGAUCAACUCCUUUCCAUCUCAGUGCACUUUGGCAUCGGAAAUUUCGAAAGCCAGGCAACACAUCAAGAAUUCCCUCGAGCGGAUGGAUGGUAUUGCCGCAUUGGCAGCUAGCCCCGGAGCCGAGUUGCUGGAUCGUUUGUCCUCGGUGGAGAAGGAAAACGAAAAGCUUCGCUCGAUUAUUGACGGACUGAACAAUCUGGUCAUCGAUUUGCACGAACGUGUCCGAACGCUCGAGUCGGGCAGCGGCGUUAAACCAGCUGCCGCCAAGCCUGCCGCCCCGAAACCUGCCGCCGCCGCCCCUGCCAAGAAGGUCGAAGCGGAAGACGACGACGAUGAUGAUGUGGAUUUGUUCGGUUCGGAGGAUGAAGGCGAGGACCAGGCGGCCGCCGAGUUGCGCGAAAAGCGUUUGGCUGAGUACGCGGCGAAAAAGUCGAAGAAACCGGCCCUGAUUGCGAAAUCGAACGUGAUCCUCGAUAUCAAACCGUGGGACGACGAGACCGACAUGAAGCUGAUGGAACAGGAGGUGCGUAAAAUCAGCGCCGAUGGACUGCUCCUCGGUGCGGCCAAGCUGGUACCGUUGGCGUACGGCAUCCACAAGCUGCAGAUGUCGUGUGUGAUUGAGGAUGAUAAGAUUUCCGUCGACUGGCUGCAGGAGGAGAUCGAGAAGAUUGAGGAUUAUGUGCAAAGCGUGGAUAUCGCUGCAUUCAAUAAGAUUUAAAGUGUGUG